UGAGCACGUGCCGGAGGCGGUGCCGGCGCCAGAGGAAUCCCAUGAGGAGGCAAUGGAGGUUUCUGCCGUGCAGCAGCGAAGGGCGAGGAGCACCCAGUGGAAGCUGAGGCGCCUGCUGUUGCUGCUGCUGAGCACGUGCCGGAGGCGGUGCCAGCGCCAGAGGAAUCCCAUGAGGAGGCAACGGAGGUUUCUGCCGUUGCAGCAGCGAAGGGCGAGGAGUACCCAGUGGAAGCUGAGGCGCCUGCUGCUGCUGCUGAGCACGUGCCGGAGGCGGUGCCAGCGCCAGAGGAAUCCCAUGAGGAGGCAACGGAGGUUUCUGCCGUUGCAGCAGCGAAGGGCGAGGAGUACCCAGUGGAAGCUGAGGCGCCUGCUGUUGCUGCUGCUGAGCACGUGCCGGAGGCGGUGCCAGCGCCAGAGGAAUCCCAUGAGGAGGCAGUGGAGAAGGUGUCUGCCGUUAACGAAUUGGCCGAACUACCAUGCGAUGAAGCCGAUUUGUCUGGUAAGGGUGAUGAGAGUGAAGGAGACAAAAACGUCAGUGGGGUUCCGCAACAUGCGUCCGAAGGAAGGCCCGCUGAGUGUAGGGAUGAGCUGUAGUGCUGAACUACGUUAUUAUCUGCUUUGA